AACUUACAACCAGACGGUCCUCGUAUUAGUUCUGCUGAGGCACAACAGAAGCUACUUACAAUGGCCAGUCUUGCUGCUGCUGCAAUGGCUGAAAUGACUAAUGCUUCUGGCCCACCUGGUCAGCCUCGCUUACCUCCUCUCCCACCAGCUCAUCAUCAACAUCACACCACCCAACAACCGACGCCUCUACCGCUUGUAACUCCUGGGCGUAGCCUACUCUCUGGCACAACUUCAGUCCCACCUCUUUCGCAUUCUUCCUCUAGCUCAAUACCGAAUUCAGCUAGAACGAUUACAGGCUCAGCCGGUGUUUCACUUCCCGGGUACCCUUCGAAUCUUCCUCUUAUCUCAUCUACUGCUCUUGGUGGUAUCACUGGAUCCAAUCAGUCCCAUCUGGCGUCCUCUUUAUCGCUACCAUCAUCCUCGGGCACUCCUGUAAUCUCUUCCACGGUUUCCUCCGCCUCUUCUCAUUUUCCUGGUUUUAUAUCGGCAUCACCCUUGCAGCCACCCUUGUCGUUGUCUUCUUCCUCAAUGUCCCAAUUGCCCGGUCUCCCAUCUGUCUUGUCUGGAUUCGAUCUAACUCCGCAUUCCCUAACCUCUGGGUCGACUUCGUCUAGCGGCAAUAUAUCGUUUUUACCUGCCAACAGCAGCUGCAACAGCGCCAUUAAUGCUCGAGAUCCCUCUUACGCCAACGCCUUGGGAAUGGCUCUAGCAGCUGCUGGCGCUCGUGCCGCGGCUGUUGCUUCAGGGUUUAUGAACCCACAGGGAUCUUCUUCUACUUCUUCCAUGCCAAGCUUCUCGUCUGCUUCUUCCUCUAUACCACCAUCAUCUAUGGCUUCUUCAGUUCUUCCAGCUGGUGGCAGUACUAUUGUGAACUGCCAUGUUAGUGGAACUGCUCCAACAGCUUCCACCACAAAUACUAAUGCACAUGGCCACUCGGGGUUGCAACUACAUCCUCAUCAUUCUCAUGUGCACUCGCUUUCUUCCCUUCGCUCUGCUUCUCCACAUGCACAUCCACCACCACCUGCCUCUCCUCUUCCUCCUUUCCACUCUUUUCCUCAUCAUCAACAUCAUCAUUCACCAUCUGCACAAUCACAGCACAACCACCAUCAAACUUCUCUCUUCGUUGCCCCUUCUCAUCACCCAGCCUAUCCUUCUGGACCAGCUUCGUCGUGCAUAGGAGGCUUGCCGGUUUCUUCGUUGGCUUCCUCUCUUUCUUCUAGUCUUUCCGGAUCCUCUUUUUCAUCAGGACCCCCAAUACAGACAUCCGCUACCGGUUCUGCUGGCCUGGAUGCGUAUGCUGCGACUGCUGUUGCUGAGUACUUGCGCCGCCUUGGAGGCGGCAACAAUUCUCUGCCUGGAAAUAACUCUGCGCAUAGAGUUCACCAAGUACACCAAUCCCAACAACAACAGCAACCACAGCAAAUUCAGCAGGCUCUCGCUGCCUUCAUGCAGGCUGCUGCUGCUGCAUCAGCUGCUACUGCAAGUUCCAAUGCAAGUUCACCAGGAUCUGGCGUUUGUCGAUCCUCAACAGCCGGGCAGGCUGGUUCUAGUCCUGCAAAUCGUGCUUCUGCUCCAUUGGGUUUCCAAACCCCUCUGGGUCUCCCACCUUCAAGCACGAAUUCUUCAGCAAACCGAUCCUUGCGCUAA